AUGGCUGACAAAAGGAGGUGGAUUCUAUUUUUAUUUGUUUUAUCGUCAGUGAAUUCGACUUUAACCGAUGAUCGACAAAAGAGACAUGUGACAUUGUGUGGCGAGAUUGUAUCUGAAUCCCAAGGUGUAAUACGUCCCCCAAUGGCAGAGGAAUACUACCUACCUAACUUAUUCUGUAGGUGGGAGAUCAGAGCUGAGGAAGGACAUCGGCUGCUUUUGUCAGCUACGACAUUUGCAACGGAAUUCUCUACCGGGUGCAACUGGGAUUACCUGGAGGUGAGGGACGGGAGUGAUGACCACGCCCAUAGUGUGGGUAAAUAUUGUGGUUACUCACCUUUUGCUCUCCUCUCUGAUUCCGACAAAAUCUUCCUUUACUUCUCGUCAGACGGCGCAUCCGAAGACCGAGGUUUCCAGCUCCAGUUCAGAUCUGUCCCAACAGAAGCAUCAGACCUUUCACUUUGUAACCAACUGAUAGAAACGGACGGCCGGAUCACGAGUCCAAACUACCCAAGCGAGUACAGUCCUUACUCGUCUUGUGUAUACUGGAUAAAGGCUCCUAGUGAGCACGCACGUGUUCGGCUGUAUAUAAAUGAUGUGAGUUUAGAAGAUUCCGGAUGUCUGUUUGAUUACGUCAAAAUUUACGACGGCAGAGACUCACAUUCGCCCUCUCUGUUGGAUAUUUGCGGAGAUUCAGAUUAUAAAGCCUCUGUUACUACCAGUGGUAAUCAAGCCUUUGUUACAUUCGUUUCGGAUGGGUACCUAGAGGACAGAGGAUUCGAAAUAAAAAUCAGCUUAAUUCAGGAGGAUAAUGGAGCCGAAAGUGACGAUCAAGAAGAGUGUUGCCAGGUAACUGAAGCUAUGGAGGGUGUGGUGACAAGCCCUGGUUUCCCGGGUCUCUACCCUAACCAGGCCCGAUGUGAGGUGGUUAUAAGGUCGCCCCAGCCUGACCACCAUAUAAGGCUUACCUUGGUCUACCUUGACAUGGAGGGUUCCACCAAUUGUACUUUCGACUCUUUGGAAUUUUUCGACAGGACGAGCGAAGACUUCAACUCUCUUGGAAAGAUUUGUGGUCAGACAACACAAAACUUAAUAUACGUGACUUCAUCAGACACUCUAAGAAUAGUGUUGACGUCAGACUACCUGGUCUCCGGACGGGGUUUCCUGGGUGAUUUCACUGUGCUACCAAAUGAAGUAUCUAAUUGUGUGCCUGGAUGUAACGAAAACUCUGUUUGUGUGGAGGAAAAGGAAACGUAUAGUUGUGUGGUGGGGAAGCGAUGUGAGUACAAUAUCUGUGAAAAUGGUGAGUGUGUGCAGCAGGAAGGAAAUCUCACCUGUCACUGUACGUCUAACUACACCGGCAUGUUGUGUGACAUCAAAAUUCAACCGACAAAUAUCAUGGAAGUGCAGCCUAGAGUACGUGACACUCACACAGACAUAUCGGCCAAUAGAGGCGAAAGCAUCAUGAUCGAUUGUACAACAAACGUUACCGACACAUUCUUUACGUGGGCACUGAAUGAUCGUCUCAUUAUGGGAGAUGUGGGUGUAAUCGAGCACGCAAACGGAAGUCUGGAAAUUCUCUCCUUUGAUGAAGGAUAUGUAGGAAUGUACAAGUGCCUUACUGAUUCAUUUGACACGUUCUCACAAACAACAUUUAACCUAACUUUGUUGGAAGGCUGCAGUUUCGAGAUUGACUUAUCCCCUCCAGAGGUGUCAGUGAUCAGUGGCGACAGUGCCACACUGAGCUGUACACCCGGAAGAUACAACACCACAUGGCUGAAGGACGGUGAGGAACUUGUGGAAGGCGAGAAAUAUGAGAUAUCAGAGAACGGAACAGAAUUAACUAUAAUCGCUGUGACAGAGACAACAACAGGAGAAUAUACAUGCACAGUGAACAAGGGAGAUAACUGUAAAGUUUCCAGAACUGUCCAAGUGUCCAACCUUCCACCAAGGAUAGAUAACGGAUAUUGUGGAAGACCUGCUAUACCGGACAUGGUACCACGCAUGCUCGGAAGAAUAAGUAGAGGUCAAUCAGUACAGCAGGGUUCAUCGCCAUGGCACGUGAUCUUACGGGAUCGAAGGGAGAUGACAACAUUUUGCGGUGGAACUUUGAUAUCGAGGUCGUGGAUUUUGACAGCUGCCCAUUGCACGAGUAACGACCACUUCUCGAGGGAAUUCAAUAAAUCAUUUGAUGCCAGUUAUGUUGACCUUUUCCUGGGAACUGACCUAUGUAACGGUACAGGGGGCGAGAGAAGAGCGAUUCGAAGAUAUAUUCCAUAUCCAAGGUUCGGAGAAAGAGCCCCGUAUGACAACGACAUAGCUUUAAUUGAACUCGAUGCUCCUGUAGAAUAUAGUCGUUUAAUUAGACCAAUUUGUCUGCAGUCACUUGAGGCAAUUGAAAGCGUUUUCAUGAACAGACGGCUGGGUCGGACAGUGGGUAGAGUAGUCGGGUGUGGCAGAGUGCACGAACGGAUCACUGAAACACCGCCAUACAUUCGGGAUGUAUUUGUGCCCUACGUAGAUAGAAGAUUCUGCUCCCAUGCACGGAUAGGAAGUGGAAACUUCACUGAUUCGAUGAUCUGUGCCGGAUAUAACCGUGCCUAUUUUGGCGACGCUUGUUCUGGUGACAGUGGAGGUUCACUGUCAAUGCAGAGGACGUCGGAGGAUCCUUGGUACUUGGUAGGCAUUGUAUCAUGGGGUGUCGGCUGUGAUAGGCCUGGCCAAUAUGGCUACUACACUCAUGCCGCCAAGUUCUUGGACUGGAUCAGCAGAAUUACAGAUUCGGAGUUUUUAGAAACGUUUUAAUUUUUGAUAGUCUAUAAACUUGAAACAUCAUACAGUAAUUUGAUAUCUCAUCUAUAUAUAUUGGAUAGUGUUUGAUUCGUAUCACAGCGGUCAAUGACUUUUGUAAUAUCAACUAAAUGAAAAGACGUUCUUAACCUUAAUAAAGGAAGCUAGAACUGGUACAAAACUUUAUUUUGCAAAUUUGACACGAUCUACUUAACACUCGCGUGGAAGUUUUAUAAGUUACGUCACCUACAAAGACCGUGCCAUUCAUUGCUCUAAAAAACCGUGAACGAUACCUUUAAUUGUAUCUAAUGAAUUUGUUGACCAAAAAUGUUGAUGCCAAGUAAUAAAACUACAUAAUACACCA